UCGCUGUUGCUGAAUCGUUGUGGCAAUAAACGGAGCUGUACAGCAGAGUAGACCUACAACAUCCGGGCAAUAGUCAGCUUGCGCAGAAACGGAAUGGCGGAGGUGGAUGAAACGCCUCUGAAGAUAAGUGUAGAGGUUGUGGCCUAGUGGAGUGAGGAUGAGGUUCAGCGAUGAAGGCCCUCGGCGCGAGAAGCAGGAAUCUUAACAGGCCUUAGAGGAGUUGGAGGAGAGAACUCUCCUCGCCCCAUGAAGAUGGCAGCGCAGUCUCACACUGCCAGUGAGCUUCCUUUGGAGGAGCUGCUGGCUCUGUAUGGCUACACAGUGUCAGAUCCAGAGAAGGAGACCUGUCACAUGCCAGCCAGCCUGCCAGGCAUGACACUGGACAAGGAUCAGAUAACUGAGGAUCUCUUUCCUGGGGAGGAGGAAGAAGAAUCAUCAGCUGAUGAUCUCACCCCCUCAGUCACCUCAAACACCUCAGAUCUGCUCCGCCGUCUCCAAGGUGGAGGCAAAGACACAUUAGUCAGCUCGUCCGAUGAGGACUCUGAUGAUGCCUCUAUUCCCUCCAACGAAGAGCACAAGGAGAUCAUGGUUGGCUCUAUGUAUCAGGCAAAAAUCCCUCCACUCAGCCCGUAUACCUACCAGGAAAGAGCCUACAGCAGUGAGGACCAGCUGCUGUGGAGGCCAGGUGUUCUGCCAGUGCAGGAAGUGGAGGAGUUCUUGUUGAAUACGCAGAGACCACAUGGCCAGGAGGGGGCAGCAUGCGCACUGAUGCAAGGGGACACUGUCCGAGACAACGAACAGGCACUGUAUGAACUAAUAAAAUGCAACUUCAAUGCAGAAGAGGCACUGAGACGAUUACGCUUCAACGUGAAGGUGUUCAGUGAUGAGCUGUGUGCCUGGAGCGAGGAGGAGUGUAGGAACUUUGAGCACGGCUAUCGAGUUUAUGGGAAAAACUUCCACCUCAUACAGGCUAAUAAGGUACGAACGCGCUCUGUGGGCGAAUGUGUGGAGUACUACUACAUGUGGAAGAAGUCUGACCGUCAUGAGUAUUUUACCCAACAGGCCACCAGGCUCAGCCGCAAGAAAUACAGCCUGCAAUCAGGGAGCAUGGAGGAUGGAGACCAGGACGGGGAGGUGGGGGAGCUGGAUGGAAGCAGCAAUUCCUCAGGCUUGUUGUCUCACAGCUCCAUGGGCGCUGCGCAGCUGGAGUCCCCAUUACCUCCACAGUCGAACUUGGACCUGGACAAACGAGAUGGUGAGCUGGUGAUGGGGCUGUCAGAGCUGUGUGGAGACGAAUGUCCUCAGCAGCUGUUUGGCUGUCCCUUCUCUCUGCCGCCCAUGGACGACCUGCGGGAUCCUGGCUCAGAUAGUUGUUGUCCCUCAGCUCCAGUCCAGUUCCAGUCCCAGCCCUCCACCCUGAGCUCCCAGUGGGCCUGCGGGAGCCCUCCGUCCUGCCAUGACGACCACUGCCUCCCAGGCUCCUGCUUCUACCAGCUACACAUGCGAGGUGGACCUUUUGUUUCUGAGGACCCUGACCGUGACGGUGAGACUGGCGCCCCCCAUGGGCUGCAGGUGGAAUUUAGCCUGCCGUCUGCCUCGCCUCCCUCGCCUGCUGUCCUCCCAUCGCACUUCCAGGCAUUUGGCAGCCUUCUGCACCCCUCUCCUGUCCAGCACUCUCACUCUCUUACGCAGUGAGGAGACAACGGGAAUGGUACUCUUUGUUGAAAUUAUUGAUCGGUGUCAGUUUUUACACCAGGCUCAAAGAACCCAGGACAAAAAGUGCAUUUACCUAACUUUAUGACAAAGGAUGGACCUACUACCUGUGCUGGGGGGUAGCUUGUCUGUCUGACCCCUCUUUUUAAACUGAGACACUUGAACCUUCUGUCCAUUGUGGAAGUGUUAUCACUACUUUCAGGUGUUGAUUAUUUGUUAACGUUUUAUUACCACAACCUGCACCAGGGUGAUGCUAUUGAUCGGCUAUCAUGAAUACAUACUUGUGAAAGCACAGUGCAGGUGAUGUGAGCUGCAGUGACCAUGCAAACAAACCAGAAGCAAGUCGCCCGCAGUCUGUUUUUCUAAAACAGAUCCAUGAUUGACAAUGUGAAACAACUGUUGCUUUGUUUUCUUAUUUAUCACGAUGGAGAAGUUUGACUGCUGCUCAGAUUUUUCCUGUCUUCUUCAACAAUAGCCAAUAACAUUUCUUUGUGUUCUGCUCAUUGCCCAGCACUUUUGCUGCUGCAGUCAUGCAGAGUAAAAUCUGUCCAUUGAAACAAUACACAAUAGUUUAUUUAAUACUUUAAACAUCCUCUACUCAA